AUGGCCAGCCAAUUCACCACUUCGUACCCACGCGCCGCCUCACGAGCCACCAUUCCGCCACUCCACAACCCCAGACUACAAAACCCACAUUUUGUUUUCACUAAAGAAUCACAGGGAUUCAUCAAAUUAACAAGGAAAUACCGGCCCAGAAUGGUAAAGAGUUGGAAAAUUCAUGCCUCAAGUGGGGGAGACUCGUAUUUGGAGAUGUGGAAGAAGGCUAUGGAGCGGGAGAGGAAGUCUCAGCAAUUCGAGCAGAUUGCCAAAAAUGUUGCCAGUGAUGAUGAGGAGGAAGAAGGGGAUGAAAAAGGGGCUGAAGUUCUGACCCAAGAAGAUUGGGAGCAAAGAAGUAGGGAUUUCCAGAAGAUUCUGGAAGUUCCUGCUGAAGAAAGGGAUAAAGUUCAGAGGAUGCAAACGGUUGAUCGGGCUGCAGCAGCGAUCGCAGCCGCCAGAGCACUUCUAAAGGAGAAUGUGAAGACUGAGGAAGAAAGUACAGAUUUUGAGGACGGAGAAGGAGCACAAAGAGACGGCAACUCUGUGCUUUCAAUUCGAGACAUCACUAUUGGAACACCGGGGCCGGAUUUUUGGUCAUGGACACCUCCUUCAGAUGAUGAUCACACAUCAAAUGGGGGAGUGGUGAAGUUGGAUCCUAAGGCUUCUUCAAGUCCUGCUAGGUAUAUCCCUCUGAUGGAGAAAGAACGAUCUGCCGACUUUCUGUUACUUCCAUUUGAGAGCAGAAUGUUUCAGAAUAAAGCUCCACUUCCUCCUCUGCAGUCGCUUGUGGAGGGUGAAGAACAGGUCGCCCCCAGUCUUACUCAAGAGACAUCUCAUCUGGAGGACGAGCAAGAAAUUGAAGUUUCAUUUUCAGCUCAUGCUGUAGAAGCAGUGCAGGCUCUUCAAGAGGCCAGUGAAGUAUCGUCUCAGGGUGUUUAUCCAGAUGGAUCAAGGUGGUGGAAGGAGACGGGACUAGAGACACGAGCUGAUGGAGUGGUAUGCCGGUGGACUUUGACGAGGGGCGUGAGCUCUGACAAGGCUGUUGAAUGGGAAGAGAAAUAUUGGGAGGCUGCUGAUGACUUUGGUUAUAAGGAACUUGGUUCAGAGAAGUCGGGACGUGACUCUACAGGAAAUGUUUGGCGUGAAUAUUGGAGAGAAUCAAUGUCUCAGAAUGGUGGGAUUGUCACCCUAGAAAAAACAGCAGAUAAAUGGGGGAAGAAUGGGAAAGGCGAUGAGUGGCAGGAACAAUGGUGGGAACAUUAUGGUGCAGGUGGUUAUGUAGAUAAAUGGGCCCACAAGUGGUGCAGCCUUGAUACAAAUACACCUCUUGAUGAUGGUCAUGCACAUGUUUGGCACGAAAGGUGGGGUGAGAAGUAUGAUGGGCAAGGUGGCAGCACCAAGUACACUGACAAGUGGGCUGAGCGUUUUGUGGGCGAUGGCUGGGAUAAAUGGGGUGAUAAAUGGGAUGAGAACUUUGAUCCCUAUGGUAAUGGCGUUAAACAAGGGGAGACAUGGUGGCAAGGUAAGCACGGAGAUCGUUGGAAUCGCACUUGGGGUGAGCGUCACAACGGUUCUGGAUGGGUGCACAAGUAUGGUAAGAGCAGCAGCGGUGAACAUUGGGACACUCAUGUCCAGCAAGAUACUUGGUAUGAGAGGUUCCCACAUUUUGGUUUCUACCAUUGUUUUGAGAACUCAGUGCAGCUCCGGGAAGUGAAGAAACCAUCCGAGUGGUCCGAAAGUAAAGAAAUAGAAAUAGAAGAAUGA